AGCAGUGUAGCACCCUCUUAAUUGUUCUUAUCCGACAAGAUAUGAAGCAACUCUAACAUACAACCAAAAAUCACCGAUUCAAACUUACGUCAAAAAAUAUGAACAUGAUUCUUUUUCCCAAUCACUGUCUAAACUUCUUGCAUAUAGUUGCACCUUUGCUUGGAAUCCAAUUCACCGCUUCAAAUUUCCACUGUUAGGCAUUACAACAAUUCCACUCAUCGAAUAAAUUGCAAUACCCUAUUGCAAGAUUUCUAAAUUAAUUUCAUCAGAUGUUCCACUAACUUUAAAAUUUCUGGUUUCUGGGUAAGUUUUCUUUUAACAAAUCAUUUGUUGGAUGCCCUUCAAAUUCCACUAAUUUAUAUCAUUACUCGUUAUUCGUUUUUCCUUUUUGUCAAUUGGUGAUCAGACAAUUGGGUUUUUGUCUGUUAAUUAUAUUGUGGGAUAAUUUUUUAUGGGUUAGUUGAAAUUCUUUUUGUUGAGGUGUUUAUGAGGCAAUCUUGGGAGUUGUUGAGUUAUUGUUGAUAGAGUCAAUUUUAAGGACUGUAUUUUACCAAAUAGUGGAUGCAAAGAUGGCAAUGGUGAACAAAACUAAGAAUAUGCUGGAGGAUUUCAUGAGAGAUGGGUCAUUCAAAUGGUUUGCCGGCGUUCGGGAUUCGUUUAAGGAUGAUAUGGAGGAUUUAGGCAAAUCAUCUUCAGGAGAAAAUAAUUGGAUAGCUGAGCUUUCUCCUAUUGCUAAUGUGGUUGCUAGAAGAUGUUCAAGGAUCCUUGGGAAUUCAACACGUGAUCUUAAAGAAGAUUUUGAUUCGGUGGCUUCAGAUUCUGUUAGAGAUCCUUCCCAUUAUGCUAGAAACUUACUGGAGUACUGUUGCUUUAGGUCGCUUGCAUUGUCUAUGCAAGUGGCUGGUUAUUUGGCCGAUAAAAAAUUCCGUCGCUUAACUUUCGAUAUGAUGCUUGCUUGGGAGUGUCCAGCCGCUGCAAACCAACCUUUGCUUACUGUGGAUGAAGAUGCUACUGUUGGACUGGAAGCCUUUUCUCGAAUAGCACCCGCUGUUUCUAUAAUUGCAAAUGUAGUUAUCAGUAAAAACUUAUUUCAGGUGCUUACUGCUUCAACUGGUGAUCGCCUUCAGUACUCUGUCUAUGAGAAGUAUCUUAUUGGCCUAGAAAGAGCUAUAAAGAAAUUGAAGAGUCAGUCUGAUUCAUCGUUGCUAUCUGAAUUACGAUCAGAUAGACGGGAGAAGAUAUUAGAGUUGGAUGGGACAGUAACAACUCAACCAGUUCUCCAACAUCUAGGAAUUUCUACGUGGCCUGGGAGACUAAUCCUUACUGAUCAUGCUCUUUACUUUGAGCCACUUAAGGUUGUAUCUUAUGAUAAAGCGACACGCUAUGACCUAGCAGAUGAUUUAAAGCAAAGUGUCAAACCCGAAUUGACUGGUCCAUGGGGUACAAGACUCUUUGAUAAGGCUGUUGCUUACAAGUCUGUUUCCCUAUCAGAGCCUGUAGUAAUGGAAUUUCCUGAGCUUAAAGGACAUAGUCGACGUGACUAUUGGUUGGCUAUUAUACAGGAGAUUUUAUUUGCUCAUAAAUUCAUCCGCAAGUACAAGAUAGUUGGCAUUGAACGGGAAGAUGCACUUCUGAAAGCUGUACUUGGCAUUCUUCGGUUGCAGGCUGUUCUAGAUAUGAAUUUAGUAGGUCCUAUUCGCAGUGAAGCUCUUCUUCUUUUCAAUCUUUGUGAUCAUCUGCCUGGGGGUGAUAUGAUUUUAGAAACUCUAGCCCACAUGUCUACCUCAAGGGAAUUGGAGAGAACCAAUAGUCCUCGAUGGCGCGGCCUGUAUUCUAGUUCAGCUUUGACUGUUGCCACUGGUUUAGGUUUUGGAUUGGGAUCCAAUGACCAUAGCAAUCAUGCACUUCUUGUGGGUGAGAUAGCAGUUGGGGAUACAACUCCCUUGGAGAAGGUCGUUAAUGACUCAAGAAGCAGUUAUGAGAAGGUGGUCUUAGCACAGGAAACAGUAGAUGGAGUGAAAGUAGAUGGUAUUGAUACCAACUUGGCGGUAAUGAAGGAGCUGCUUUUUCCAGUUAUAGAACUUGUCAAGUGUAUUUUUUCUCUGGCUUAUUGGGAAGAACCUUUGAAGUCUACGGUUUUCUGUGUGAUCUUUGCUUAUACAAUCUUCAGGCAAGUUGUUUUAGUAAUAUACCUUUUGCAGCCAAUUAUGUCACGAGUGUAUCACCAUACCAUAGUUGAUCUGUCUGGUGAAUUAUUGGCAAGUUUUCUGGCAUGGUCUGCCUAAUUCUUACGUUUUUUCUUAUAUUUGGUCAUCUAUUGAAGUGCCCGUGUACCUUGGUAUAAAAAUAUUUUUUCUGACAUUUGAUUUGACUAGUAUAAUGAGGGUAGAAUCAGAAUGUCUCUGGGAUGUAUAGGGUUAGCUUCUGUUACUUGAUGUCGUAUGUUUGGUUCCAUUUGGGAAGUGUAUGAUUUUGUCAUUUGAUAUUGGCUGAAUUUACACAGUAAGGAUUACACUGUAUCCGAUAAGUAAUGAGUGGUAGUUAUAGUAAUGAAUUAUAGGUAAUAUUGUAAGGAAAAUUUCAAGCCAAUGUCCAGGCCUGCUUUUUCUUCCCUCAAAUAUGUAUUUUCUUCAGAAAUUUCUAUAACCAUCCAUUACCAUUUUAUAGGUGGUUCGAGUGGUUAUAGAGAUUAAUGAUGAAAAACGCAGGUUUGGGAAUUAUGUCCUGUUAACAUGAUGACUUUCCUUAUAGAAGUUACUUUUGUCGCCAUUAGCUUUCUUUUCUUAUAAACCCAUUUCUUCAUCAUUAUAAUUUUUUCGACUUACUAGUUCUUUUUAUAGAAGAGGUCAAAAGUGAACCCCCCACCACCGGGACCAUUAAAGUUUGCCUUUUUUUUCCGCAUUAAUAUACUCGUUGCUCUACGAACUUGUAAUAAUUUAGCAACUUGUAUUUAAUGCAAAUGUUUAACCGUUUUAAUGCCUAAUUGUGGGACUUAGGAAGCACAUAAUUGCAAUGUAUAAGAAGAGGAUGUGCCAAAAUGUGUUUGGUUGACCAUAGAAAAAAAAAAUACAACUUUCCAAGAAAUCUCAUGCUUUUGUCUUUGAAGUAUGCUCACGGACCAGCCCUUUCACCUAAACCAGAGAUAUCAGAGUACCAGGUUGCCUAUGUUUCCUGACACUGGCUUUCAGAAAAAGGCAGGAAGGGUAGUAGGAUAUUAAAAAACUAUAGUCAACUCCAGAUUGAAACCAUCUUUUCUCAGAGAAGUGAGCUCUUUCUGCUGUCUUCACCCGGAAGCAA